AGUGCAAUGCGCGCUUUCGAAUAACAAAGUACGUCUUUAAAACGUUUAGAGAAUAUCUUUUGGAGUACACGAACCAAGAAGAGCGAGUGUUGAGUGAGUGUGUGGAAGCGCAGAGCCGGUCAAACUUUAACUUUUAAAUUAUUUUUAUUUAUUUUGUGUAACUAUUUAUUUGUUACGCGUUGUUAGUUUUUAUGAUUCUAUACAAAACUUUUCGUUAUUUUUGUAUGUUGUGGUUGUUUUGUGAACUGUGGUUUUCGUUUACUUUGAAAAGGAUACGCAUGAAUAGUAAAUGUGGCAGCGAUCUCUCAACUAUCAAAAGCAACAAUGUCACGGCACGCCAGAUCAUCCUCAACAGCAUUGCCAAAACCAACGAAUCGGCGAUAUCGUUGGAGGUACGCUUCGCAAGCUACCACUAACCCAGAAAUCGCAACACACCUACCCUUCUCAUCCUCAUUUACACUUUCCGCCCCCACCUAAUUAUCCACCUAGUACAAAUCCACAACAAAACGAUCAAGCUUGCCUUCCUCCAACCAGUUCCGUAAUGGCGGAGGAAUUUUUAGCAAUCCCAGGACCUUCUAGUCAACCGGAUCCUCCGUGGCCUAAUAUGGAUUAUAGUUACGCAUAUUACGAACCAGGACCGCCCACUAGACACACCAAUGUGCCCAGUAAUUAUCCAGGUACUUAUAGAGAAGGUUCCUACAGGAGUAAUCAUACUUAUCUAACCAGGUAUGGUACUGAGGAAAAUAUUUACGAAGAAAUAAGUGAUUUAGCUAAAGCUAGACGUCAACAAGCUCACCAAGAUUCUAUAAUGUCUCUAAACCAAAGCCUAGUCGAAGAAGAGGUACGCCGUGUACAACACGGUCACCGUAGGGUACUUGGCGAGUUAAAUCUAUCAGUGGAAGCCAUGCUGAUGCCUUCUAAUUCGCAAGAAGGUAGUGACGAUACAGAUCGCGAAAAUGAAAUGGACGACCAACUAGCGGAUUUAUUGACGGUCGGUCCUACUGACGAAUUACUUAGUCCCGCGCCUUUAGUGGACUUGGAUAGUGGUUUUAGUGGUAGUUCGAGUGGUGCUAGUUACAGAAGUGCAGCCGGUAGUUUGAGACGUGGACCUGAAAGGGGUAAAAGUACGGCUUCGUAUAAUCCGAGGAGUGCUACACCUGCUGAAACGCCGAGCAAAGGGUUUUGGGGAAAGAAAGCGUGGAAAAAAAUUACCGCUUUUCCGAGUAAUAUCAGUCUCAAUAAAAGCAAAGGUAAGAAUGUCAACCAAAGUCCAGUGGUUUAUGAGGUGAAGAAUAGAAAAGUCAGAUGGAGCUGUAAAAUCAAAGGUAAGUGUACCGUCUGCUUUAAUUCAACCCUAUUACCUGAUGAACCACGUAUCCGAUCUGGAACUUGGGAGGAGCCAACAUGUGAACACAGAGUGGCGCCACCUCUCGCACACACCCGCACCCUGCAACACACAGGUUCUCAGAGAAGUUCUGAGGAGAGUUGGUGUUCGGGGUCCGAUCCAGAACUGUCUUCGGACGAAGAAAGUGAUCGAAGCGUCGCCUCCAGUAAUAGAAGUACCAACGGUCAACUCCGCAACACGUUAAAUAAAGCACGAACAUUGUGUGAUAAAUGGAGGGGAAGUGGAGGCAUAGGUUCAAAUAAUAGAUUGUCUCUCGACAGUGCUUUAUCUGUCGACACUUCCCCUCAAAAUCACGGUAGAUUAUCAAGAUGGUUUUCAAUAAGAAGAGGAAAUAAUCAUCAAUACGACUUUGAAAAUGCAGACGUCCAAAGAACCACGCCAAAUUCGAACAAAAUGCCCCAAUUGCCCGAAGUUGAAGAAGAAACCGGAUUUCAUUUCGCCAGCUGUAAUUCUUCCCAAAGACGACAAUUGCCUCCUAGUUUACCACAACCACCUCCUAAUUUAACCCCCUUACAGUUAAAAAGGAGGAUGAUAGUAUCAGCCAUUGUACAUAGUGAAAAUUCUUAUAUAGCUACUUUACAAAGGCUAGUAAAUGAUUAUAAAAAGCCUUUAGAAGAAAGUAAUCCACCGGUUUUAAGUAAUUCAAAAAUACAUACUUUGUUCCAUAGGCUCCCGGAAAUUUUACAGUGCCAUACUCUUUUUCGAAUAGCUAUAGCAGAAUAUGUCAGAAAUUGGGAUAGAGACGAAAAAAUCGGCGACGUGUUCAUUGCUUCUUUUUCUAAGGCCAUCGUUUUAGACAUCUAUAGCGGAUUCAUCAAUAAUUUUUCUGUUGCCAUGGAUCUGGCAAAAAUGGAAGCUAAGAGAAAAUCAGCACUUGCUGAUUUUUUAAAGGUGAAACAGAUUAGCUCCCCUGAUCGGUUAUCAUUUUUUGGUUUGAUGGUGAAACCCGUUCAAAGAUUCCCGCAAUUUAUUUUAUUUUUACAGGAUCUAUUAAAAUAUACACCUCAUGGUCACCACGACAGAAUGUCUCUACAAUUGGCUUUAACUCAACUCGAAUCAUUAGCAGAGAUGCUUAACGAACGAAAAAGAGAGGCAGAGCAGUACCAAGCUUUCAAAGAAAUGUUACGAAACAUCAGCGGAAAAUUCUCAGUGAGACCACUAUCGGACAGUAAUCGCUACCUUUUGAGAGAAGAUAACGUUACGCAAUUGGAAUAUAGUCAAAAUGGUAUGAUAACAAAAGCCAAAAGCAGAAGACUUCUUCUACUUAACGAUUUGGUUGUAUGCGUAGCGGUAGCUUCCAAAUCAGCUGACGAUUUCAGCAACAACGAAAGACUGAGUCUGAAAUGGACCUAUCCCGUAUCUGAUAUUGAAAUUCAAGAUACCAGCGCCUCGCCGACCCUUAGUAGACUAUUAACAUCGCAACAAUCGAAAGGAGGUAGUGUCAAAUCGAACGGAUCGUUUGAAGGUACUCCUCCACAAGAUGCAAAUAAUUUGUGCGCUGAGAUGAGCAAUUUAAUGCACGAUUAUGAAGUUAUUAGUAGAAUAAGUGAUCUGACAAGUCAACUGAAAGGCAACUACAAAGACAUUAAUUUGGAUAACGCAAGAAAGAUUCUACAUCAAAUCCAAAGUUCCAUCCAACAAAAAGAUGAAGAAAUGGCGUGGAUGGAUUCUUGUUGUUUGCAAUUAGUAGUGAAAACCAAAGGCAAAGAAGAAAUUUUUACGUUUCAAACCGAUAAUCCUAAUAUCAAGAAAGACUGGAUAACAGAAUUAAGAUUGGCCCAAUUAGCUUUGGAUCCUAAUAAUUCGCCAGCUUGGGAAGUACCUGAGCAAGAACAGAGGCCUUCUACAAAGAUGCCGCUGUUUGUGAAGUCGCAGAGUGUUUAUACCUCACAGCAUCAAACCGAGGUACGCUGUGGUUGUUACUAUACUGUAACUUUACCAAAAACAACCAAGAGAAGACAUAGGAACCAAAACUACUUAUGGGUAUGUACAACAGACGGCGCUAGUAGUCAUAUUUCUGUAUUAGCACAACAUCAUCAACAAGCGGGUGUUUUAAAAGACUUAACUACAUUUUCUUUGGUCGAAACUCAGAUAACUGCCAUGGAAUUUGUGAAAGGUUCUUCGCCUCCUUGUCCUAAUCUAGCCACUGAUACCGUAUGGGUGGGAACAGACAGACACAAAUUACAUCUCUAUGCCGCCGAUGAACCCGAAAAACAAGAAGAAAUAACCAAUACGAUUGUAUCCGACGUCAUAAUGCAUAUUAAAUACCACUGUGAUAACGUUUUUGUGGCAUUAGCCAAUGGAACGAUAUGUAUAUAUAGAAAAAAUCCCAUAGAUGGUGCUUGGCUCAUCCAAGAACCACAAUUAUUGAAUUUAGGAACUGAUCCGGUCUCCUGUUUAUUACCUAUAAAUCUAUCUCUUUAUGCUGCAUGCGGAAAGAAAGUUUGGGUACUAAAUGGUAUUACUGGCGAAGUACAAAAGAAUUUUACUAUUCAACACGAACAUUUCGGAAAUGUCAAUUUAAUGGCACACAGUGGCAUCGGAUUAUGGAUAGCUCAGAAAAAUUCUAGUACUAUUUGUUUAUAUCAUACUGAAACGUUUAAACAUCUACAAGACAUCAACAUAGCUUCAAUUGUGAUGAGAAUAAACGGUUCUCUUGGUCCGCGAGAUUCAUUGAAUAACAAUAGAUCUGUUGUAUUUGUUACUGCCCUUUUAGCGUGCAAAGGGUUAUUAUGGGUAGGAACGAAUGUAGGUAGAGCUCUAACAAUACCGUUGCCGAGAUUGGAAGGAGUACCGAUUAUAAGUGGAAGAGUUAACAUAUCUUAUCACGCUCAUUUCGGACCUAUAUCUUUCUUGUUAGCUCUCCAACCAAAGAAUUACAACAACUCGACUAUGAAAACUGUUAUAAAUAAAGAAGAAACUAAACCCGAGCCUGAAAGUAUGAGUAGCAGUUUUACUGAUAAAUUUGAUGAGAGUCCAAAUCGGCCUAAAAUGGAAAAACAGUUGUCAGAUAGUUCGAUGCAGAGCGUAUCGUCAAAAUUGAAAUACUUAGCUAGCAGUCCUGUUGUAUUGAGAAAAAGAAGAAGCAAAGAAAACGAUUUAGCAAGAAUAUCUAAAACUUUACCUAGAGGUUUGGGUAAUGGAGGAUCGAUAUUUUCAUCCUUGAGUACAUCCUCACAAAGUUCCGGCGAUACUAACAACGUCUACGGUCUCUACAGUGAACUGAUGUAUGUUAAAGAUUACGAACGCGAAGACAACAUCCUUACUGAUCCGGUAUACGAAUCACUCCGUCGCAGCGAUCCUGAACUAGCUAUACCUAACAAAGUAAGCACAUUAGAUCGAAGAUUGAAAAUGAAAGUCUCCAGACCGAGAUCGCUAGAUUUGUCAAAUUGGUCGGUGGAUUCUCGAUCUUCUAGUCUGUGUACUUCUUCGGGAUCUGAGGAAAGCAUGGCAGUGAGGUUGAAUAAUUUAGCGCGUAGUGUAUCACGAAAUAAUUCGAAUGCAUCUAGACAACUGAACGGCGUUUGUGAGAAUGUGGUAGAAAAAGAAAUUAUUUUAGAAAAAGAGGCUGCUAGUGUUAAACAAAUGAACAAUACAACUAGGACAUUGAGUAAAAAUAAAAACAAUAAUUUUGAUAAUGGCAGACGGACUGUAAUAACAUUAAUGGGCGGUAGGGGUUACAUCAAUUACAGGCAGCCGUGUUGUUCCGCUGAUAAAGUGAAAUCCGUCAUAGUCGGCAAAGAUGCCAAUUGUAAUGAUGCUCAUAUCGUUAUAUGGGAGUUGAAAUUGUGAUCAGCUUAGGACAAAAGAAACAGUUUUAUUGUUUGGUUUGAAUUAGAAAAUUUUACUUGAUCAUUCAGUUUGGGUACAAAGUAAGUCACAUUUUAUAGAAUGAAUUUAUCACUCGAAUAAACUAUUGAAAAUUAUUGAAUUAAGAAUAGGGAAAUAAUAACUUCCUUUUUGUUAGAAAGACGAUAAUAAUAUUUAUUUUUAUAUUUCGGUAUUUUUAAAGUCCAUUGUAUGUAAAGUUAUUGCAUUUUAUUUGUAGCUUCAAUGAAUAAUAAUAAUAACUUGUAGAUUCUAUCAAGUAAUAAUAUAUGACUUACCCAGUGUAUACAAAAUACUAUUAUGAUGUGGUAAAUUUUUCUCCACCAGAAUAAAUGUGUACUUUAGAUAACAUAUUAUAAAUGUCAAUAUUUUUAUGGCCUAAAAAAAUUAUAAUACAAGAUAGGAAUUUUUUCAAGUUUUAUAUUUUAAUUUAUUUUGUUGUCAAAGGGCGUUUUUCUUUUUAUUAAAGUUAAUUUAUUAUUUUUCAAUAUUUUCUCAUCACUUUAAAUAAAAAAUGUCCAGAAAAUUCAUGAUAAUAUUAACCAAUCAACAUUAAAAAAAAUAGUCUGAAUAGACUUAAUUGAUUAAUUUAAUAUUGAAGUUUUGAAAUGAAUCACAACUUUUUAACAUUUCUAUUAUUGUAUUACAAUUGGAUACAAAAUUUUUAAAAUUCACUUUUAAAACAACUGAAUAUUUUCAGAAAGAAUUCCACUAUUCCAAGAAUUGUUGAAAAUUAACAGAAUAUUAGAAUAAACAUUAUAUUUGAAAAUAAAUCAAAACUAUGAUAACAUCACGAAGAAAUAAAAGUUUAUAUUUUUUUAAAUUAUACCAGACAUUUUUUUUGUAUGUUGAUUUUGGCAAUAUUUUUAUAAGGAUUUGUAAAAAACGUAUACACAAUUGUAUAUUUUAUAUUAAAUACCUGUCCCUGUUAUUUUUUCAAAAUAGUUGCAUGUUUAACUAUAAUAAAUUUAUUAUUGUUCA